AUCAUCGUCGUAAAAAGAUUGUUUGUUUGUUUUUUUUUGACUGUUUUGUUUCUGACGAAUAAAAUAUGAACUGGGAAGAUUUCCGUAAACAUGGCAAAGAAUUGGUUGAUUAUAUUACCGAUUAUUUGAUGACCAUACGUCAACGACGUGUAUUUCCGGAUGUGAAACCUGGUUAUAUGAAAAAUUUACUACCCGAUUCGGCACCGAUUAAUGGUGAAAAUUGGAACGAUAUAUUUGGUGAUGUUGAACGUAUUAUUAUGCCCGGUAUUACUCAUUGGCAAUCACCAUUUAUGCAUGCUUAUUUUCCGGCUCUGAAUUGUCCUGCUUCAUUGUUGGGUGAUAUGUUGGCCAAUGCUAUUAAUGCACUUGGUUUUACAUGGGCUUCAUGUCCAGCUUGUACGGAAUUGGAAAUUAUUGUUAUGGAUUGGCUUGGACAAAUGAUCGGUUUACCGGAUGAAUUUCUACAUAGUCGUUCCAAUGGUAAUGGUGGUGGUGUUAUACAAACGACAGCAUCAGAAGCAACAUUUGUUGCAUUAUUAGCCGCUCGUACAGAAAUGAUUCGACGAAUUAAAGAAGAAUUUGAUGAUGAUACUUUGGAUGAUGCAUAUAUCAAUAGCCGUUUGGUAGCAUAUUGUUCGGAUCAGGCACAUUCAUCAGUGGAAAAAGCUGGACUAAUCGGUUUGGUCAAAAUGCAUUUCAUCGAAUCAGAUGAGAAUUGUUCGUUACGUGGUGAUAAAUUAAUCGAUACAAUCCGUCAUGAUAAAGAGGAUGGUUUGAUUCCAUUCUUUUUGUGUGCUACUUUAGGGACAACCGGUGCUUGUGCAUUUGAUAAUCUUAAAGAAUUAGGUCCAAUUGCAAAUGAAGAAAAUAUCUGGAUACAUGUUGAUGCAGCAUAUGCUGGUACAGCAUUCAUUUGUCCAGAAUAUCGUACAUGGAUGAAUGGUAUUGAAAUGACACAAAGUAUAGCGUUUAAUCCAUCCAAAUGGAUGAUGGUUCAUUUCGAUUGUACGGCUAUGUGGGUAAAGAAUAGCGGAUCAUUACACCGAACAUUCAAUGUUGAUCCAUUGUAUUUGAAACAUGAAAACACUGGUCUGGCUAUAGAUUUUAUGCAUUGGCAAAUUCCUCUAAGUAAACGAUUUCGUGCAUUAAAAUUAUGGUUUGUCAUACGAAAUUAUGGUGUCAAAGGAUUACAGAAUCAUGUUCGUAAAGGUGUUCGUUUGGCAAUGGCAUUCGAAGAGCUAGUAAAAAUGGAUACAAGAUUUGAAAUUCCAGCCAAGCGUCAUCUUGGUAUGGUUGUAUUCCGUAUGAAAGGUCAUAAUCAAUUAACAGAAAUGUUAUUGAAAAAAUUAAAUUCAAGUGGAAAAUUACAUUGUGUUCCGGCAUCAUUGAAAGGAACAUAUGUUAUUCGAUUUACGGUAACAUCGAAUUCGACCGAAUUAUCCGAUAUACAACGUGAUUGGUAUCUGAUCAAAGAGAUGGCUACAAUUGUAUUGAAAUCAUUUGCAAAUGAACAUACAACAUAUACCAGUAAUUCUAUACGUAUUCCAUUAGGACAAAUUAAAACGAAAUCACCUGCAUUCGGUACAAGUUUAUUAUUAUCGAAUUGUCCACGUACACCGAAAAUAAUUAAUGCUAGUUUUAUGGCCAUUUUUGAUAAUCAAGAUAUGGCCAAUGAUUUUGUAAAACAUUUUAAAGAUAUGCAUGAUUCGGAUAAAAAACAACAAGGACCAGCAUUAAGACGUCGAAUCAAAGGUCUAAUGUUAACUGAUAAACAACAUAGUCUGGAUUCACGUAUCGAUCUUAUUGAUUCAAUUAUUGCUACGGUCGAUAAACAAAAUACAAAUCGUUCAAAUACGGAAACAAAAGUUAAAACACAUUCCGUUUCAUCAGCCGAUUCAAUAAUAAAAGAAAAUCAAAAUGAACAGGAUGAAAUGAGUAAAAGCCAUGAAGAAUUGAAUAUAAAAUGAUCUUGGGUAAUGUGUAAUUUAUUUAUCAUUAUCAUUAUCAUCAUCAUGCACAACU